ACGACGCAGGCGCAAAAGCCUAUAUAAACCCGCAUCCUCACGACGCGACAUAACUUUUUCUUCACUUGCCCCUAACCUCCGUCAUUUCUUCGCAGGCUUUAGCUCGUUGUCUGCUGCGUUCUGCUCGCCUUGCUCGUCUUCCCUCAUCUGUCGCUUGUCUCAGUCUUAGUUUGCGUCAAUACUCUGUGUGGACAUCUAACCUGGCCAUGUCGAAAAAUGCCAGUAAAGUUCCCAAGGUCGAGGAUGAUAUCCUCCCUGAAACGAAGCGUACACGCUCGCACUCAGUUUCUUCGCUGUCCUCAUUGUCCUCUGGCCCUGCUUCCGCUAUCGAUGCUCCGUCUCCAACUAAGAGACGCAAACCCAACAACUCUGCCACUAUAGAAAUUAAACCGGAGCCAUCCACUCCAUCCAGACGCAAACGCGUUACCGCCUCGACCACUUCUACACCUGCCAAACGUUCUACGAAAAUCGAUCCAGACUCGCCUACCGCAGCAGACCGCCAACGCACCAAAAAGCUCUCAAUCCUCUCAGAAUUCUCGUCCACAUCCCCCUUCCCGACUUACCCACACCCAACUCCCUCCGAAGCCGAGGAAGUCUACCAAAUCCUCGCCGCCGCACACCCGGGCAAAGCCCACGUCCGGAAACCUGUAGCGGGACCCAGCAUCGGGAUGACGAAGAAUUCUGCGGAGACAUGUGGGCGGAGUCCGAACGUUUUGGACGCGCUCAUCGGGACAAUUUUGAGCCAGAAUACGAACUCCAAGAACUCGACGGGCGCGAAGAAGUCCCUCGAUGCGGCAUUUUGCUUCCACAAAUUUUCGCGCAUCGCCAACGCACCUACGGAGGACGUCGUCGAAGCCAUCAAGAGCGGAGGGCUCGCGAGACGGAAGGCAGGGAUCAUUCAGGGCUUGUUGAAGAGUGUGAAGGAGAAGUGGGGGAGGUACUCGCUGCAAUUUCUGAUGGAGGGGCGUUGGUCCGACGAAGCCAUCAUGCGCGAACUCGUAUCCUAUCCUGGCGUUGGACCGAAGACCGCAGCCUGCGUAUUGCUGUUCUGCCUCGGACGAGACAGCUUCGCGGUGGAUACGCAUGUGUUCAGGCUCAGUCGGGUGUUAGGAUGGGUGCCGAGGGCGAAGAGCGCUACGAAAGUCGCCAUCGACCGCGUAAACACCCAAAUGCACCUCGACGUUCAUAUCCCGCCUCACCUCAAAUAUCCGCUUCAUGUCCUAAUGGUGACGCAUGGGCGAGCAUGUAAGGGGUGCAAGAGCGUGAAUACAGAGACUGGGAGAGCUCUGGGGAAGGAGGAGGGGUGUGUUUUGAGGAAGUGGGUUAGAGAGACGGAGAGUGGCGGUGGAAAGGUUUUGAAGCCAGAAGAGCAGGCUGAGGGAAGAGAUGAAGAGGAGUCGAACGAUGAAGUUAUCGAGUCGUGAGGUGCAGAGGUGUGACUUUGUGUGGCGUGCGGACUUCCUGGAUUGUAUCGUGUCUUUAUUCUAUUCCCUGGACAUCCUGUUAAUAUAGUAACU